AUGACAGUGGACAGGUUUUUAAUAAAACAUUUAUGUAAUAUAGAGGCUAAUGCAAAACUUUUAAAAAGUUCAUUGAUACGAAAUGAGGCUUCCAAACAGGCGAUACAGACGGAACACAAUUCAUCUGAAUCAUUAGAUGAAUCAAUUGACCAUGAAAAAAAAAAAAUAACAAUUCAAUCUGUUGCAAAAGAAAAUUAUUACCGUGAUGAAAUAUCAAUAAUAUCUCCUAAAAAUGAACCUUCUAUUUGUAUUGAUACCCGAAAUGAUAUAAACGAUUCUGAUUCAUCGCUGAAUGCUAUAGAAAACUGGCAUGGCCAAGGAAAAGACCAAAAUGCAAUCCAACAAAUUAAAACAACAAAUCGCAAAAAAAGACAACAAAAUAUAUGGAUUCAAUGA